AUGUCAGGUCUCGAUGUCGAGGCUCUACUUGAGUCUACAGCCGCCGCAGCGCCACAAGAUGCACGACAGUCUCAGGAACGCGAUGACCGCUCCAAAGCCGAUAGUAGUGACCGCCGGGACCGCGACCGCUCACGAGACAAGGAUCGUAGACGCCGGGACCGCAGCCGGGACCGACGUCGUGACGCCGAUGGAGAUGAAGACAUGAAGAGCCCGAGAAGCGAACAUGGCAGUGCUAACGGAAGCCAUAGAAGCAGAAAGAGGAGCAGGAGCCGCGAGAGUGAUCGCCGUCGAUCUCGACGUGAACGUGGUGACGACUACCGAUCUGGUGGUGACUAUUACCGCGGAGGCGGGCGGGCCCGCACUCGAUCUCGAUCCCCUAAUGAUGACCGUUAUUACCGCCCUUCGGGCCGUUCCCGUCGGGAUGAGAGGGAGGAUGACCGACGCCCUCGCCGUGAGCGAGAGACACGCAGACGUAGCCCCAGUCGCGAAAGAACCCCAGAGCUCAACGAGGAUGAGCGCGAUAGACGCACCAUUUUUGUACAGCAGCUUGCAGCACGUCUGAGAACAAAGGAACUGAUUGCUUUCUUCGAGAAAGUUGGACCGGUUAAAGAAGCUCAGAUUGUCAAGGAUCGCGUUAGUGGUCGGUCUAAAGGUGUCGGUUAUGUCGAAUUUAAGAACGAAGAUUCCGUUGCUCCUGCUAUUCAGCUUACAGGACAGAAGCUUCUAGGAAUUCCAAUUAUCGCACAGUUAACUGAAGCGGAAAAGAAUCGUCAGGCUCGCAACCCGGAUGCCAGCAGUGGCAGUAAUCACGCAGCUCCAUUUCACAGGUUGUACGUGGGUAACAUCCAUUUCAGCAUCACUGAAAAUGACCUCCAGAAUGUUUUUGAGCCGUUUGGCGAGCUCGAGUUUGUCCAGCUUCAAAAGGAUGAAACCGGUAGAAGCAGAGGUUAUGGUUUUGUCCAGUUCCGUGAUCCCAAUCAAGCUCGGGAGGCACUAGAAAAGAUGAACGGGUUUGACCUUGCUGGUCGAGCAAUCCGCGUUGGCCUUGGCAACGAUAAGUUCACCCCUGACUCGAGUGCUCAACGAUUGCAGAGCCAAGGUGCAAACCAACAGAAUUUCCAGGGCUCUUCGUUCUCGGGCCAUGGAGGCCGUGGUAUCCAGGCCGGUGGUACUAGCAACUUCGACCGUGCUGGCGGCCGGGAUUCUGAAAAAGGGGCCGGUGCUAGUGCUUUAGAUGAUACGGAUGUUGCUGGUGUAAACUUCAACAACUAUAGUAGGGACGCAUUGAUGAGGAAACUCGCAAGAACAGAUGAACCCUCAGAGUCGUCCGCCGACGAUAAGCAAAAGGUGCUUCGGCCUAAAACAGAAACCAAGCCAUUGCCUGUCAAUGUCAACAUGGCGAGUCGGUGUGUUAUGCUUCGUAAUAUGUUUGAUCCUGGCGAGGAAGAAGGUGAAAGCUGGAUUAAAGAGCUAGAGGAUGACGUCCGCGCUGAGUGCGAAGAAAAAUAUGGCCAUGUUGUUCACAUUGCACUAGAUCCUAACUCACAAGGCGAUAUCUACCUGAAGUUCGACCGCGUCCAGGGUGGUGAAAACGCCAUCAAAGGCCUGAAUGGACGAUUUUUCGGCGGCAAACAGAUCACUGCGCAACCCGUUGUCGACGCUGUUUACAGCAGUUUGUUCUCUCGAACCAAGGCGAUCUAG